AUGCAGUUCCGAACUUCUCACGCCCUGGCCGCGCUUUCGGCGCUGGGAAACCUCGUUAUUCAGGAUAGCUACGCGUUCCCAAGCAGCGCAAUCGUAGAGACGGAGAACGGCGCCGUGAGCGGUUUCGCAGAUACGUCAGCGCCUUCGGUCACGCAAUUCCUAGGCAUUCCGUACGGAGAACCGCCUGUUGGUUCUCAGCGAUGGCUUCCUGCGCAGCCCAAGAAGGCAUUUGGUAGCUUGAAGGCAACUGCCCGGCGUCCGUCUUGCCCUCAGACCGAUCCUCCGACUCUUGGAGGUGCUUGGGCCCCCGAGUUUCUCAUCAAGCCGAACACCACUAGUGAAGACUGCCUUUACCUCAAUGUCUGGGCUCCUUCAAACUCUCAGCAAGAGAGCAGUGGGCUUCUUCCGGUGGUUGUUUGGAUCCAUGGCGGAGGUUUCGGUGCGGGUAGUAACGACAUAGCGUACCAAACUCCUACGCAAUGGGUCGAGAGAAGCCAGAGGCAUAUUGUUGUCGGCAUCAAUUAUCGCCUCGGUCUCUUCGGCUUCCCCAACGCAGCAGGACUUGACCCAAAAGAACAAAACCUUGGGCUUUUAGACCAGCGCCUAGCGGUUGAGUGGGUUAGAGACAAUAUUGCUCGAUUUGGGGGUGAUCCGAAGCGGGUCGUUCUCUGGGGUCAGAGUGCUGGUGCCGCAUCUGUUUCAUACUACCAGUACGCAUAUUCUGAAGACCCCGUCGCUAUCGGCUUCAUCAAGAAUUCGGGCUCUCCGUUCAUUCCGAUUGGGACUGCCGAUACAACCCACUCUAGCUUCUCUUCACUUGCGGCCGCGUUUGGAUGCCAGGGUGCAGACGAGCUUGACUGUUUGCGAAAUGUUCCCUUCCGCGAUCUUCAGAAGUACCUCGACCGAGCUGGAAAUCUGACUUUCAACGUUGUUGUUGAUGAGAGAACCAAGUUCUCAGACUACGCAGAACGAACACUCGAUGGCAAGGUCGCUAAGGGGCCUGCAAUCGUCGGCUCAACUCGUGACGAGUGGAACUUCAACUCCAACUCGCCACCUCCUCCAAGCGAUGGAAGCGACGUUCAUGCCGACAACCUUUUCGGAUGUCCUGCUCACUACGAGACUGGUCUGCGAAACAUUGCCGGUCUGAAGUCCUAUCGCUACAUGUACUCAAGCAACUUCAGCAACAUCAUGCCCGGCGGCCAGGGAGCGUUUCACUCCGCAGAGCUGCCACUCAUAUUUGGAACUCAUGACAUCGCUCGCGAGAACUCAACUCAGUUUGAGUACGAUGUUAGUCAUGAAAUGCAGGACUUGUGGCUUGCCUUCGUUCAAGACCCUGUGGAUGGACUAACCGACAGCGGCUGGGACGCGACGCCACUGGGAGGGCUCAACACGACCCAAACUGGCAUUGACAUUGACAAAGACACGCAUCCGAGAAUCACAAGCCAGCUUCAAAACCAGAUGAACAUGAACAACAAGAAGAUACCCGAAACGAUCCCAAAUUCAAAAGACAUCACAAACAACACCACUGAAGCCACACAGCCCCUGAGCCCAGAGGACAAGGCCAGAAAGUGGAUUCUUUUUUACGACAUCCUCGUGCAACAUGUGCCGAAGCACUUACAUGUAAUGUGCUGCCGAAUCAUGCUCGAUCUUGCUCCCGAGUUUGGCAUGGAACCAGAAGUAAAUAAGAGUGAAAGCAUCACGGAGAGUGAAAUGGAGGCGGUGGAGGUAGAAAAGCCAGAAAAUCCGGAUGACUAG